GGAAAGGCAGCGCCCGUCUGCCACUGAAGUGGAUGGCUCCAGAGAGUAUCUUUGACAAGGUCUACACCAGCCAGUCUGACGUCUGGUCCUUUGGUGUUCUACUCUGGGAGAUCUUCUCUCUGGGUGCAUCUCCGUACCCAGGUGUCCAGAUCGAUGAGGACUUCUGUAAACGACUGAAAGAUGGAACUAGGAUGAGAGCUCCUGAAACAGCUUCCCCUGAGAUCUAUGGUAUAAUGCUGGCCUGCUGGCAGGGCGAGCCCCGAGAGAGACCUCCCUUCCAAGCCCUGGUAGAUAUCCUGGGAGACCUACUCCAGGACGACAGACUACCAGAUGGUAAGGACUACAUCCCCCUGAAUCCAUCCCAGAGCUCUGAGGAAGACAGCUUCUUUCACGACUCAUCACGACCCGCUUCACAGGAGGAGAUGAGACUGGCCUGUCACAGCAUACCCAUCAGGUAUUAUAACUGUGUGCCCUUCGCUGGCUGUGUGUUCGUGGGGCCGUCGAAGCUGUCGUCAUGCCAACCCAGAGCGAAGACAUUUGAGGAGCUACCAAUGGAAACGGCCUGGUAUAAAACCCACAACAACGGAGUAAGAUCUGUCUCUCCUGCACUCUCUCUCCAUCCCUCUAUCAUUUAAUCUCUCUCCAUCCCUCUAUCAUUGUAUCUCUCU